UCCUUAAAUUUAAACAAGAGUGAAACCUAUACACAACACUCAGUUGAUGAAGUAUUGUGUAUAUACACCCUCUGUCGCCAUCGCUUUUUUGUUGCCUAAACUCCAUUGCCUCUCCUCCUCACGAAGCUCUGCUUAAGCUUCUGAAAAUGGCGGCACUAAGCCACUUCUCAAAUAACCUUGAAGAGGAAGAAGAGGAUGAAUACAUUGACAUGGAAGUGAGCUCACGUUCUAAGAACAUGGUCUCCAACCCCAUAAGCAGAGAGUUCGAGUUCCAAAUGUCUUCAGUUUCCAUUGAAAAAGAGCCCACAAAUUCCCCAGCUGAUGAGCUUUUUUACAAGGGGAAACUCCUUCCUCUUCACCUUCCUCCUCGCCUGCAAAUGGUGCAAAAAUUGCUGCAAAACUCCAUUACCGAACCUCACAAGAAAGACAUCUCACCUUCUUCCGAGUCUAGUGGAGAUCAGCUGGAGUAUUCAAAUGGCGGAAGUGGUGAAAACCCGAAGAAAUCAUGGACCAAAAAGCUUAAGCAGAUAAAGCAAUCCUCCAUCGGUUCAAAGCUGAAGAAGGCUUCUAGGGUUUAUCUCAGAUAUUUAUUUGGUAAUUAUAAAUCAACAAAGAAAGCUCCAUUAGAGCAAGACAUGAGUGGAAAUGCACAUAGAAGAUCGUUUUCAAUGGCCAGCAAACGCCAUUCAUCUGGAUCUUCAAAUGGACAACAGCAUUUGCUGGUUCUUAAACGAAGCAGCAGUGUAAACGCAGAGAUGGAGAGCCCCAUUCAAGGAGCCAUUGCACAUUGCAAGCAGUCUCAGCAGGCAUGGGUUAGGUCAAGAAGAACAGUUAGCGAAGUUGGGGUGUUCUCAUUUUCAGUUUCAGACAUGAAAUGCAGUUGGUGAAGAUGAAGAGAGGCCCCACACUUGCAGUUCAUCAUUUUUGUCUUAUGUUUCCCUACUUUCUGAUUUUAAUUCCACGACAAAAGAUUUUCAACAAAUAUUUCUCCAUUCCUCAUACCAUGGGCCUUAUUAGGCCUAUAGUCUAAUGUUAUUGGGUUGUGGCCUGCUUUCGUCGGACCAAGUGAGUGGGUGAAAACUUAUUUUCAUGCAAAUUUAUGUUAGGGGGACUCGUUGAUUGGAUCAAUGUAAGUUGUCUGUGCUACAACUUGUUCCGGAUAAACCUGUUUGGGUUAAAACAUUCCGUGCUCAAAUUUUGUGA